AUGUAUAGGCAAUUUCAGUCACGGGAACUUCUCUUACGGAAAUCCGGUGGAGGUGUCUUUAUAAAAGAGCAUGCUAGACUUAUAAUUACUGAUGAUUUACAAGUUACGCCCCCAUUGAUUGGAGCGAAUUCUCCUUUGUUUACCAAGUUUGGAGUCAUGGUUGGGAAUUGUACUGCUUCUCAGAUGACUUUCAAUGUAGGAUUACGUAAGGUUUGGAAUUUGAUCUUGCGCUCAGUUGUGUCGAAGUCACCUUUGACGGAUACGCUGCUGAAGCAUUGUCCAGUAGCAGGUCUGAGCAUUAAUAAUUUUAUUCAAGAAAAGUGGAAGAAUACUCAAACAGACGCACAGAACAAGGAAGAGAACAUUUUGGUCAAGCUUAUGAUUAGCAAAUCGAUGAAGAUGGUUUGUUAUGCAGAAGCAGGGAUAGAUUUUGUCAGCUUACUCCAGAGCUUCUUAAUUGUUCCAUUUGGGUAUAUAGUCAAAAGAAUGCAGGAUGGUUCCCUGGAAGGAUGCAUCGAUCAGUUAUGCAAAAGUGUCCAGGAUCUUGAUGAUCAAUACGGGAAGUCAAUUAAAAAACCACAGGGAAAUGCUUCUGACACCCAAACAUAA